AUGAAUCCUCCCUCCGCCGCCAACCCCUCACAUCCUCCGCAAUACCAGCAAGAUGGCGGGAAUGCCAUGCUGGACUACCAGCACGCCCAGACGGCAGCAGCAGCGACUGCCACCGCCGCUCUUUCUCAAGAACAUACGCCAACGCCGAAUGCGACAGGUGCGGGUGGGAGGAAACGAAGACCGCCUGGUGCGCCGGGCAGCAGAGGCGUCGCCAACUUGACCCCGGAACAACUAGCCAAGAAGCGUGCAAACGAUAGGGAAGCGCAGCGAGCUAUAAGAGAGCGGACGCGACAUACCAUCGAAUCACUCGAGCAGAGGAUCAGGGAGUUGGAGAGCCAGCAGCCGUUUCAGGAACUUCAGCGAGUGGUGCAAGAGAGGGACCGUGCAUUGGCAGAAUGCGAAGAGUUGAAGAGACGAUUGGCAGCAGUUGCUGGGAUUGUAGGAGGACAAAAUCCCAGCCUGAAUGAAAUUGAGCCAGACCUGGCCGCCUUGACCGCACAACAGAGCCCACUACCAUCUCACUCUCACCCCGGCCAGCCUCAGCAGUAUGAACAGAGUUCUGCGCAUCACAUUCACCCGGAUCUUAGGUCCCCGUCAUCAGCAAACUCGCAAGCAAGCCCGACGACCAAUUCCUCGAAUGCCGCUGCGUAUCAGUCUGGAGCAGGCACCCUCAGGAAAUGGUCACCUAGCUUGGACCAUCCACCAAACCAAGAUCGCUACAACAGUGAUGGCCACUUCGAACCGUCACAUCAACGUGCGCCUUCGGUUCAGAUGCCCGGCCAGCCGCAGAACGGAGAGCGGCUAGGGGUGAACUUCUUGUUGGACACGUCAAAGGAUCAAUCAAGUGUCUCGCCGUACCACUCGCCGCCGGGCCAAGACCCUAACCAGCCAAUGUAUGCUCGACUAACUCACGUCGGCCCAUCGUCUUGUCCUCUUGACUCGCUGCUCAUCGACUUCCACAAAAGCCGGCGUAAGAUGCUGCGGGAAGGCUCGUCUCAGCUUGAUGCCAUUGGACCUGACUACCCUGCCUUCGCUGCCAUGCUCGACCCAGCCUCUCACCCGAGGCCACAUCCAGUGUCUGCAUUACUUAUCGACAUCCUCUCGAAGUUUCCAGACAUCGCCAAACUGCCAGAGAAAGUGGCCGUCCUGUACAUCAUGUUUCUGGUCAUGCGGUGGCUCAUAUGUCCAUGUGCGCAAUGCUACGAACGACUGCCAGAGUUUUGCCGGCCUGUUGCAGAGCAGCUCGAGCGUCCGCACGUGGCGUGGGCUGACUACCUGCCGUGGCCGCACCAGCGCCGACAGCACUCUAUCAACGACACUCAAGUCAAAUUUGAGGACUGGUUCGUCCCUUACACUACCACGCUAUCUCUCAACUGGGAUCUACCAAACGAAAGCAUUCUCAUACCGCAAAAGUCAAACAAUCAAGACGAGCCCCCUCAACUGACUCUAAACCCAGCUUUCGAGCACCACCUGCGCGAUCUGGUCAACUGGAGUUUGGGAACACAAUUCUCGAAGGCUUUCCCCGACUUCGUCGAUGGCACUGUGCGAAUCAGAGAUUCCUAA